UAAAUUCCAUAGUCUCUCCCUUCUCCCUGAUGCUGCCCCUCUCUUUAGGUGGCUGUGGAAGAACUACCAACAUGGGCUGGCCUUCCGCUUUGCCAUGUAGGAGAUCAAUAAGGACCCCCAGCUAUUCCCCUGCCUGACCUUCAGUUUCCAACUCUACAAUUCUGUUACCAGUGACACGCUGAGGAGUACUGUGUACUGGUUGACUGGAAAGCAUCAUCUCAUCCCUAUCUAUAUCUGCCAGACACAAGGCAAGACGGUUGCCAUCAUUGCUGGAACCACAUCAGCAUUUUCAGCUGAAACUUGAAUGGUACUGGAGCUGUACAAAACCCCACAGGCUUUAUCUAAUUCACAGGUCAAGAAUGAUGAGAACUGCCUUGAUUACCUGAAGCCAAGUGUCUUCAGAGAUGGAGACCUAGUGCUGGGAGUGUUUUUUCCCCUGUACUACAUGGAACCAGAAAGAGAGAUGAUCCAAUUAUCCUUUUUACUCAAGCCUGAGUACAAAGUGGUGGCAUCUUGGUGGUUAUGGAAGAACUACCAACAUGUCCUGGCUUUUCACUUUGCCAUCCAGGAGAUCAAUAAGAAUCCCCACUUACUCCCCAACAUGUCCUUGGGUUUCCAACUCUACAAUGGUUUUCCCAGUGAUCAGUUCAAUUUAUGGAGCACUCUGCACUGGCUCUCAGGACAGGGUAUAUUUGUCCCUAACUACAACUGCAAAAAACAAGACAAAUCAGUCGCCAUCAUUGCAGGAACCACAGCAACAUUUUCUGCUGAAAUUGGAACCCUUUUGGAGCUCUACAAAAUCCCACAGCUUCACCCACUUCUGAAGAAAAUCCAAUUUAGGAACAGUGCUGGAUAUGACAUAUCCUUUCAUGAAACAAGGCACGAUGUGGUACAAUAUGAUAUCCAGAAUAUUGUGAAUUUUCCUGUGGGCCUUGGGUUGAUGGUCAACAUUGGAAAGUUUUUCUCUAAGAGUUCACAUGAUCAAGCCUUGGUCAUCAAUGAAGAGAUGAUAGAAUGGCCUAUUGCAUUCAAAAAGACUCCUCAAUCUGUGUGUAGCCAGAGCUGUGGCCCAGGAUUCAGGAAAGUGCCACAGGAAGGAAGACCUGUCUGCUGCUAUACUUGCACUUUUUGUACAGACAGAGACAUUUCCAAUCAGACAGGUAGAAACCGUAUCCAUUCCUACUGAUAACUCCACUGUCAUAAUUAUACUACUCAGCCAAAAGAAAGAAUAAAAUCCAGUCUUUUGCAACAACAUUGAUGCCACUGGAAGACAUUAUGCUUAGUGAAAUAAUUCAGCCCCCAAAUGACAACUAUCAUCAUAUGUUUUCUCUGAUAUACAGUAGUUAAUAUAGAAUACAGAAAAGCCUUGUAUAAGAAUGAAACUGACUUCUUAGGAUUUCAUUAUGUUUUUAGCUCUUUUU